AUGUCUAAACUUUCUAUUAUGCGUAUUACUCUAUGCCCGUCCAAUCACCGAUUGACUAUUACAAUGAAUACAGAUGGCUGGCACAGAAAGCUGUUUUUACACACUUUGCAGCCUGAUGAAUUGUUUUCCGCGAGAAUCCAAAGCCUGUGUCCAACAAUAAGUGGAAAUGUUUGUUGUACAGAGGCCCAAUUCGAGACGUUGCGGGCACAAGUUCAACAAGCAAUUCCUUUCCUUGUGGGCUGCCCAGCAUGCUUAAGGAACUUCUUAAAUCUUUUCUGUGAGCUUUCUUGCUCCCCAAAUCAGAGUCUAUUCAUCAAUGUGACUUCCAUUUCCAAGGUUAAAGGCAACCUCACUGUCGACGGCAUUGACUUUUUUGUAACUGAUACUUUUGGAGAAGGUUUAUAUAACUCCUGCAAAGAUGUGAAGUUUGGGACUAUGAAUACACGGGCAUUAGAAUUUGUUGGUGCAGGUGCUCAGAAUUUUAAAGAAUGGUUUGCAUUUAUUGGUCAGCAAGCUGAUUUUGGUUUGCCUGGUUCACCUUAUGCAAUUAACUUUCAGUCAAGGAUUCCUGAAUCAUCUGGAAUGGAACUCAUGAACGUGUCUAUUUAUUCUUGCGGUGACACUUCGCUGGGAUGCUCUUGUGGGGAUUGCCCUGCCUCUCCUGUGUGCUCAGAUUUAGAACCCCCUUCUCCCCCCAAAAAGGAUCCAUGCUCCAUCAGAAUAGGGUCUCUUAAGGUCAAAUGCAUUGAUUUUUCAUUGGGAAUCCUGUACAUUAUUUUGGUUUCUGCACUUUUUGGAUGGGCUUUGUUUAAUCGGACGAGAGAAAGGAGAAUAUCUUCAUCUAGCAUGAAACCAUUGUUGAGUUAUACAGAUGGUGGUGAAAUGAAUAAUGUUCAUGUGCAGAAGGAUGAGAUGAAGGUGCAUGAAAUGGAUCCUCAAAUGACAAGUGAGGUCCAACUAUCCGUUCUUCAAGGUUACAUGUCAAGGUUUUUCAGGAAAUACGGAACAUGGGUUGCAAGGAAUCCCACACUCGUGCUGUGCUCAUCAUUGGCAGUUGUUCUUAUACUUUGUUUCGGUCUAAUCCGUUUUCAGGUGGAGACAAGGCCUGAGAAGCUGUGGGUAGGUCAUGGGAGUAAGGCAGCAGAAGAGAAACACUUUUUUGACAGCCACCUAGCUCCUUUUUACAGAAUUGAACAGCUCAUAAUAGCAACCACACCAGAUCCAGAGCAUGGCAAAUCAAAUAGUAUUAUAACAGAGGAUAAUAUGCAGUUGCUCUUCGAUAUACAAGAGAAGGUAGAUGGAAUACGUGCAAAUUAUUCUGGCGCUCUGGUAUCUCUGACUGAUAUUUGCUUGAAGCCUCUUGACGAAGAUUGUGCCACUCAAAGUGUCUUACAGUAUUUCAAAAUGGAUCCGGAUAAUUUUGAUGAUUACGGGGGAGUUGAACAUGCUGUGUAUUGCUUUCAGCAUUACACUUCUUCAGACACAUGUAUGAGUGCAUUUAAGGCCCCCCUUGACCCAAGCACUGUGCUAGGGGGAUUUUCAGGGAACAAUUACUCUGAGGCUUCCGCAUUUGUUGUAACCUACCCAGUAAAUAAUGCAGUUGAUGAAACGGGCAAUGAAAAUGGGAUGGCAGUGGCUUGGGAAAAGGCUUUCAUACAAUUAGUGAAGGAUGAGCUGCUUCCAAUGGUGCAGUCCAGCAAUCUCACUCUGUCAUUUUCAUCUGAGAGCUCAAUUGAGGAAGAAUUGAAGAGAGAAAGUACUGCUGAUGUUGUAACUAUAUUAAUAAGCUAUCUUGUAAUGUUUGCUUAUAUAUCAGUGACUUUGGGAGAUGCACCGCAUUUGUCUACAUUCUACAUUUCGUCCAAGGUGUUACUUGCGCUUUCGGGAAUUGUGAUAGUUCUGCUUUCUGUCUUCGGAGCUGUUGGAUUUUUUAGCGCCAUUGGAGUAAAGUCUACACUAAUAAUUAUCGAAGUGAUCCCGUUCCUGGUUUUGGCUGUAGGAGUGGAUAACAUGUGUAUAUUGGUACAUGCUGUGAAACGACAACCACAGGAAUUGCCUUUAGAAGGGCGAAUAAGCAAUGCCCUUGUUGAAGUUGGUCCUUCAAUAACACUAGCUAGUUUAUCUGAGGUUCUUGCAUUUGCAGUUGGAAGUUUCAUUUCUAUGCCGGCAUGCCGUGUUUUUUCAAUGUUUGCUGCUUUGGCUGUUCUAUUGGACUUCCUUCUGCAAGUUACUGCUUUUGUUGCCUUGAUAGUUUUUGAUAUCUUGAGAGCUGAGGAUAACAGGGUUGACUGUUUUCCAUGCUUAAAAGUCCCUUCAUCUUCUGUAGAAUCUGUUGAAGGCAAUCGGAGGAGUCCUGGAUUGCUGGCUCGAUAUAUGGAGGAAGUUCAUGCACGCGUCCUUAGCCUCUGGGGAGUCAAAGUUGUUGUUAUUGCUGUCUUUACUGCAUUUGCUUUGGCAAGCAUUGCAUUAUGUACGAGGAUUGAACCUGGUUUAGAGCAACAGAUUGCUCUUCCUCGAGACUCCUAUCUUCAGGGGUAUUUCAAUGAUGUGUCAGAGUAUCUCAGAAUAGGACCACCAUUAUAUUUUGUUGUUAAGGACUAUAAUUACAGUUCGGAAUCAAGACAUACGAACCAGUUAUGUUCUAUCAGCCAGUGUGAUGCAAAUUCUCUUUUGAGUGAGAUUUCAAGGGCAUCUUUAAUGCCUGAAUCAACCCACAUUGCUAAGCCAGCUGCCUCGUGGCUUGAUGACUUUCUUGUAUGGAUGUCACCCGAGGCUUUUGGUUGCUGUCGGAAAUUUGUAGAUGGCAGUUAUUGUCCCCCUGAUGACCAGCCUCCUUGUUGUUCACCUGAUGAAGAUUCUUGCGACUUGGAUGGCGUUUGCAAGGAUUGUACAACUUGCUUCCUUCACUCGGAUCUGGAUAAUGGUCGUCCAUCUACAGCUCAGUUCAAGGAGAAGCUGCCAUGGUUCCUCAAUGCACUGCCCUCUGCUGACUGUGCAAAGGGUGGCCAUGGGGCUUACACAAGAAGUGUGGAUCUGAAUGGUUACGAGAGUGGUGUUAUACGAGCCUCUGAGUUUCGUACUUACCACACACCACUAAGGAAACAGGAUGAUUUUGUUAAUUCAAUGCGUGCUGCACGAGAGUUUAGCUCAAGGGUUUCUGAUUCUUUGAAGAUCGAGAUCUUUCCGUAUUCGGUGUUCUAUAUUUUCUUUGAACAAUAUCUGGAUAUAUGGGAGACAGCUGUGAUCAACAUUGCUAUAGCACUUGGUGCUGUAUUUCUUGUUUGCCUAGUUAUCACCUCCAGUUUAUGGAGUUCAGCUAUCAUUGUUCUUGUCCUGGCCAUGAUUGUUGUGGAUCUUUUG